AUGACCUAGUGGAAGCCAUGCUGAUAUUGGCGCAGAAAAUGAGGGCCUGUUAUUCAGAGAGUUUGGAGUACCUACGCGACGGCUCCUACAACAAUGACGACUUUGUGGAGAUGAUGGUCAUCGAUGGUUGCUUCGUGGUCGAACUAUUGCGCCUUUACUACGACCUUUUCCACACCAAGUCCAUUGUGGAGGCAAUUGAGGAUGAUCCGAUUUUCACCAAACCCGUGAUUCUAACAAGCCUUUGACGCGACCUUCUAUUGCUUGAGAACCAACUACCUUUCUUUGUCCUCGAGAAACUGUACGAGCUGAUAAAA